CCACGCGACAGUCAGCUGUCACAUGUCUGAUGCUGUUUAUUUUCCCAAUCUCUUCCAUAAAUAAAUAAACGUCUUCAAUAAGAAAUCAAAUUUUAAAAUUUAAAUGGGUUGGCUCGAUGCCAUUAAUUGUUAAACUCGUAUUACCCGCAAUUUUCUCGUGUGCUUAUUGAAAAUGAGCUUUACAUUGCGAUGUGCUUCUCAUAAAGUGGAAGAGGUCUUAUCAAACAUCACUUGAAUAAUCCCUUUCUUGUAUCAACUAUCCAAAAACCUGCACAUGUAUGAGGCGUUGGCGACAGACCCGAAUCUUGACAUGGCAUCGGAAUUCACACAAAUCGACAUCACCAGGAAUCGAUACCCAUUCUGCGUUGUAUGGACUCCAAUACCGUUUCUUACUUGGUUAUUUCCAGUAAUUGGGCAUAUGGGCAUAGCUUUAUCUUCUGGCAUAAUUAGAGAUUUUGCCGGACCCUACUUUGUAUCCGAAGACAAUAUGGCUUUCGGAGAUCCUUCAAAGUAUUGGCAAUUGAAGUUUAAUAAUGCAAUCGGAGGUAGUGCCGGUUGGGAUCGUGCAAUCACAGAAGCAUCAGAUAUUUACAAAGAACGCAUGCAUAAUCUAUUUUGUGAUAACUGUCACUCUCACGUAGCCACAGCAUUAAAUUUGAUGCAGUAUAAUAAUUCAAGUAAUUGGAAUAUGGUAAAGUUAGCAUUUUUAAUGUUAGUGUAUGGAAAGUAUGUUAGUUUUGUGGCAUUCUUGAAAACGUGGUUGCCAUUUCUUGUCCUCCUUACAAUUAUUUUAGUUAUAUCAUUAAAAGUGUAAUUUAUGUGUAUAAGUGUAUUUUUGUAAUGUAAAUAUUAAAUGUUUAAUGUAUCUAAAGUAGAAAAAUUAAUAGUCCAUCUAUCUUUGUAAGAGUAUAUACAUGGAGUAUACCUACAGUGGGUUGGAUUGGUACAGCAGGCUUGAAUGUAACCCCUCCCCUCUUAAAAAAAAUAAAUUUAAAAAAUGUG